AUGUCUGGUCAGUUUAACGGAGCUCAAGCUAUUAUUCGCCAAAGUCACCCGCUUGCGACUUAUAUUCAUUGUGCUGCUCAUGUUUUAAACCUUGUUAUUUCUUAUUCAUGUUCCUUACAAGAAAUACGAAAUUGUUUAGGAACAAUAUCUAAAGUUAGAGAUUUCUUCAUAUACCCGCAGCGAAAAGAUGUGUUGAAAAGUCAAAUCGAAGAAAGCCAAGAAUGUAUUACAAAAAAAAAAAACAUUAAAACGAUUAUGAGAUGGGUUGAACGUUUUCAUGCAGUCAAUGAUUUUCUUGAGCUUUUUGAGUACGUAAUUGAAUCGUUAUUUAUAAUUUCGAAGUGGAAUGACAAUGAAACAUCAUCACAAGCAAGUAAUCUACGAACAUCAAUACUGAAAGGAGAUUUUAUUAUUUGUUCACUUAUUGUGAAUAAAGUAUUUAGUUAUGGGUUGCCUCUUUCAAAACAACUGCAAAGAAUAAAUAUUGAUCUAGGUGAAGCUAUGGAUCUUGCGGAAGGUACAAUAAAAGAACUUCAAACUUUAAGAUCGAAUGUUGAGUCUGAAUUUCAUAAAAUUUUUGAAAAUGCAUUGACUUCAUCAAAUAAACUAGAUAUAAAUAUUGCAUAA